AAAGGAGGGUCCACCUGGCUGAAUUUUGGGGUUGUAGGGCUGAGUUUUGAGGUUGUAACACUGAGUUUUGGGGUUGUAGGGCUGAGUUUUGAGGUUCUAAUGCUGAGUUUUGGGGUUGUAGGGCUGAGUUUUAGGGUUAGAGCACCCCAAUCACAGUGGCUUUUGGAGGGGGCAGCUGCCAGUGGUCCAGGAACACCCCUUCCCCACCGUUUUUCUUCAAUGUUUUGCUCCAAAUCAGCUUCAAAAAGAAAGAUUUGGACAAAAAGCAGAGUGGGAGGAGGGUUUGGUCCCCACCAUGCAGGGCCUGAUGGGGUUAAAAGAUUUGCGGCUGCCUGCAAACUUGCAGGAAGCACCUGAGCAUCGUUUCCUUCUUCUGCAAAACCUCAGUGCAGGAAGGGUUUGGGGUGCUCAAGAGAUGCUGCCUUGGGAACCCCCGAUGGGGUCGUGGUGAUGGGGAUGUCCCGGGGAUGCCGAUACGGGGAUGCUUCGGUGAUGAUGUGACCUACAUUCGCAGCAAGGAGGUCCCCAGCCCGCCACUGCAGGGCCAUGAAGCGGCACAAGUGACGGAGACGCCGUGCCCGCGGGCCAUGGCCAGCCCAGCACCAUGGCUGCGCUGGACACAAACAGAGCUGACGCGCUGGGAGGGAGAGGAGGAGGACGAGGAGGAGGAGGAGGAAGAAGACGACAACUUCGAAAGGCGGAUGGACGAGGAUGGGGUCAUCGGCUUGGGGGAGGAUGCUGGGAGCCCACCGUGGGGCGAUGGAGAGGACCUGGAGGAGGGGUCCCUGGUGGAGAAGGAGGGUCAGUGGCACCCACAGCAAGACUUGGUGGAGGAGGAUGAGGAGCGGGGCAGCUCUGGGGGGGAUGAAGGGCCCUGGGGGGCAGAGAGCGAUGGGGACCCCUACGCUGAGCUCUCUUAUGAGGGCCGGUGGGGCUCUGAGUCCAGCGGUAGCCCCAAGAUGCUGCAGGAUGGCCGGACUCUCUGCCAGCCCCGUGGCUGCAGCACAGACGGUGGGGACACCUCGGGGCUCUCGGAUGCCAGCCCUGGCCCCGCCACCCCAUCCCACCAAGGCUGGGGCACAGCCGGGGACAACAGCGGGGGACACGGGCAGGGCUGGACCCCCAACCAAAGCGUCCUGCUGCACCUCUCCCCCAACAACCUCCGCGGUGUCACCAGCGUUGAGCCCGUCACCAAGCCCCAGCCGGCUGGGAUAGGGCUCCCUGGCUCCGCUGGCUUGGCACCCACCGGGGAGCCUUGGGGUGCUGGGACCCUCUCUGCACCCCAACAGCGCGACAGGUCCCGGGUGUCCAAGAAAGCAGUGCCCACGCUGCUGCAACCCAAGCCUGGGCAGAAGUCGCCAUCCCUGAGCUCCCGAUGGCGGAGCACGAAUGGCAAGGAGAUGAAGGAUCCCUUGGGCUCCGGCACCGGCACAGCCGACGGCACCCAGUACGGCCGAGGGCGCCUCAACCACCCGCUGCCCGACCUCUCCAAGGUGGAGGCGCGAGUGAAGUUCAACCAGAGCUACCGGCCGCCGCGGGGCCGAGAGCUGCCCGCCUGCCCCAGGGCCACGGGUGGCCCCAUUGGCUUCAAGUCCCCGGCUGAAAUCGUUCGGGAGGUGCUGCUGAGCAGUGGGGAGGGCGUCCCACCACAGCCCCCCACCUCCACCGCGCUGCCACAGGAGUUCAGGUCGCCCAAGCAAGCCACCGCGCUGGUGCAGCAGCUCCAGGAUGACUACCACAAGCUGCUGACCAAGUACGCCGAGGCCGAGAACACCAUCGACCAACUCCGCCUGGGUGCCAGGGUGAGCCUGUACGCCGACCCGCCACGGCCCAGCCGCAGCUUCACUAUGGGCACGGUGCCUACCGGCUGCCGUGUGAUGUCCCUCAGCAUCCCACGAGCCAACACGGCAGCGCUCAGCACGGCCACAGCCUCACCAUCCUCAUCAGGUGGAGCUCCGGGACCCUCAGAGAGGGGGGAAUCAUCUUCCUCCCCCCAACCUGAGGGGGGCUGCCCCACCUGCUUGGGGCGCUGCUGCUGUGGGGGGACAGGAACCCAAGUGACCCAGACACUGGCGGGACAGACCCGCAAGCUGCAGGCACAGGUGGAAGCCCUCGAAGGCUGGAUGCGAGCAAGGAUCCCUGCACCCCAGGAGCAGCUCCAGGUGUGUCCGCCCCAUCAGAGCCCCCCACCCCAGGGAUGCACAGCAGAGUUGGGGGUACCAGGCAGUGGGGGCCGAGCUGCAGGCUCGGCAGUCGCUGCCGUGGUGUCGCAGAGAUUCUGGAAGCUGAAGGAGGCACAGGAUGCGCUGGAGCGGGCGUACCUGCAAGCCCGACAGCAGCACCCAGACACCUCAGGGGACUUCGAUCCCGACCGCACAGUGGAAGGAGAGAUUUUCCACCUGGGGCUGCGCCUGGAGACUCUCAAGGAGCAGCUGGAGCCUGGGGCUGGGCAGCAGCCCCCCCUGCAGCCCCCAGCCCAGCCCCGCUCCCCUCCAGCCCCUUCACCACCACCAGACACCCCCUCCCUGCACCCCGAGAGCCCCGCACCGAUGGAGGGUCCGCAGGGAACAGUGGGGGACAACGAGGCAGAGAUGGAGGGGCUGCCCCGACCCCUCUGGUGCAAGCAGCUCCGAGUGGAAGAGGAUUUUGGUGACCUGCUGGCACAGUACAAGCACUUCAAAUCUUUGCCGGAGUCACUGAGCCUGGAGCAGCUGAGCCUGGCAGGGAGCAGGUCCCUGGAGGAGCUGGAUGGCCCUGUGGCAGGGGAUGAUGACCCCAGCAAGGUCCCCUGCAGGACACGGUCACUAGAAGAGGGGGCUGACCUCGAGAUGUCCUCUUUGCACACCCUGGAGAGGAGAGCAGCACCACUGUCCCCCAAGGAGCUGCCAUGGCCAGAGGGGACACACCUGUCCCCAUCCACCACUCGGGAGCUGCCAGCCACAGCCAAGCCCCCUGUGGGGCUCUCCGAGCCACCUCGGGCACCCUUGUCCCACCACAGCAGUGGGGCGGGCAGCACUGCCCCCCAGCACCGGCCCCACAAGGAGCAGCGCAUCGUGUCCCCGGAGACGGACAGUGGCUUCGUGGGCUCAGAGGCCAGCAGGGUGUCACCCCCCGUGCACACCCCCGAGCACCGGCCCCCCAGCAACGCGACCCCCGGCUCACUGGGACCCUCCAUCCCCAUCCGCGCCACUCUCCAUCAUCCACGGAAGAAAGAAGUGACCCCACUUCCCUCCAAGCCGGUGCUGAUGGGCAUCUACCCCACGGACGGACAGGGUGGCAUGGGGGAGUCCCGGUGCCCCCCCUGCUCCCCUCCACGCUGGGCCGAGAGCGGUGGCAGCGAGGUGGGACCCAACGGUGAUGGCUCUCACACGGAUUCGGAGGUCAAAGGCAGGAGCUGCCCCAGCGGCCACCCCACCACCAUGGGCAGGAGCCCGGCCAGCCCCCCGCCAGCCCCUGAGACACCGUCCCCCACCCCACCGUCCCCCAACCCAGCACACUGGGACCUGCUGGGCUCCCGUCUGCAGCGCGACCAGGCCAUCCGGGCGCUGCGGGAUGAAGUGUGGCAGCUGCGACGGAGCCUGGAGGAGAGCCUGCGCCGUUCCCGCAGCUAUCCUGAGGGAAAAGGCACCCCACGUGCCACCCUGGCCAGGAGGCAGCCAGUGGCCAGCAGGCUAUCGUCCCCCAGGGAUGCAGCACCCUCGGGGGUGCUGAGCUCCCCGGCACGGGGCAGGGCAGCCCCAAGGAUUGCAGCUGCGAGGAAGGGAAGGUCGGCAUCGCUGCCGCGGGACAGGAUGGAACUGGACAUGACCACUGAGUCAGACCCCUCGCCUGCCAGGACUUGGGCCACCCCAUUCCCGCAGAGGAGCCCUGGCAGCACCCCGGCUGCCGUGACAGUUCGGGGACAGUACACAGGGACACGGUACCAGGCGGGGACGCCACACGCUGCCCAGGCACCCCGAGAAGAGCCGGGCACCCCAGGGUGUCCCCGGUGUCACAGGAGCAGGACACCGACCACCAAUUCCAGGCCAGGUGAUACCAUGAAGCAGCCCCAUCACAGCACCCCGAGGAGGACCCGCUGCCCCGCUUGCCAGGCACCCAUGGGUGCCCCCGGCAGCAGGGAUGGAGCCACACAUGCAGAGCAUGUUCCUGGUGUCACAUCCUCCCCAGGCUCCUGCAUUGAUCCCCAAGCUGAGAAGCCGGAGCAGCCUGGAUUUUGGUACUUGGCAGCCAGCCCCGCUGCCACCGCCGCCAUUGGCUGCCUCGCACCCGUCCCCCUCGUGCCUUACGCGCCCUCCGUGCUCUACUGCUCCCCAGCGGUACCUACCUCAGCCCCAGCCGUGGCCGGGGUCCCCUCCCGGCACGCUGCAGGGCACCGGCGUGCAGAGCAUCCUCGCCGGCCACACGCCGAUGGCCACCACCACUGCCUGGCCCUGGAUGAGUUGGAGGAUCUGAACCAGUCGCUAAGCCGGGCUGUGGAGGUUGCACAGAGCAUGAGGGUCACCACCACACGCAUGAGCCGGGUACUGGCCACCGAGCUGAGCCGAGCGCAGGACCUUCGGGGCUCCUGCCUCUUCUGAGGGUCCCACCAGCACCUGCCAAACCCUCCCUGCCCUCGCAGGGGGAGGAGGAUGGUCUCCACAUUGGCAUCCUCACACUGGGAGCUCCCUGCCAGAUCUGGGGGCACCAGGGCUGGUGGCAUCUCUAGAGCAUCCUGCACUGGCUCCCACCCCCAUCCUGCUUGCCCUAGACCUCCUGCAUCACUUGUCUGUCCGUCCAUUUUCGGGACCACCCAAGCUGCAGGAGGGAGGUAAAAAACAUGGGCAGAGGUCUCCUAAGACCUCCGCUACCCUGUGGCACAGCACUGGGACCAAGGUGAUGGCUGUGUCCCCCCCAGGGCAGCCCCCACCCCAAACUGAGCACUUCUGGGGAUGCUCUGACUUUGUGUAGGUCCUGCAGCACAGGUCGAGCCCCCCUUGGCAGCUACGUUUACCUCCGUGCCUGCAUGGGCAGAAAUACCCGUGAUUCCCUCUUCAAAGCCCUUCCCCACCCUUAAGCAUCCUCUGGGGUGUUGGUACCCCGGCCUCAACUUGUGUCCCCCGCUCUGCUCUGCCCUUGAAUUUGAACCCAGCCACGUCCUCCCUGGGAAAGCUUCUUUUUUAAGUGCUUUUAUGUGAAUUAGGUUGCUAGCAAACAGCUAAAUCACCCUUUUAGGGCUGAUGGCUGUUAUAUAACGUGUGUAUAUGUAU